UAUGAAGUUCAUAUGGAUUUUCGCUGGCCUGGCACUUUUUGUGGCCCACAAGACUUAUGCCCAGGUGUACUGCGCUGGGCGACCCGGCAUACAGUUGUGCAAGGGCCUCAAGGAUGAAGGCAAUAACAUCCGUGAGUCGUGUCAUACCAGAGCCAUGAGAGAAAUGUGGUGGUACAACGCUCGCAUCAAUGACUGCGAAAAGAUGAGGUUUCUGGGCUGUAAUGGCAACAACAACCGCUACUGCUCCCUCGGCAGCUGUCGGAACUUUAGACAGAGGUGCAACGGUCUCAGGGAUGAAGGCAACAACAACCAUGAGUCGUGUCAUCCCAGAGCCAUGAGAGAAAUGUGGUGGUACAACGCUCGCAUCAAUGACUGCGAAAAGAUGAGGUUUCUCGGCUGUAAUGGCAACAACAACCGUUACUGCUCCCGAGGCAGCUGUCGCAAUAGGUGCAAACGCCACUAG